CAACUUCCAACAGCCAGCAGCGACCCGCCAAAUUAUAAAGCUAAUGUUGUGAAGUCGCGUUGAUGCUGUUGGAAGUAACACGUUGAGCGAUUUAUUGCCAUUAAUGCCUAUAUUUUCCAUCCGGAAGACACGAUAACUUUGAAAUGAACGCCUGCGUUUAAUUGGUUUUAAACUUUGUCGCAGAUUUUUUUUGCUUUAGCGUCAAGUUUUAAGAAAUGGCGACGUGGAGCGACGUUGAGCUCCUGACCAACGAGGAUACAAACACCGUCCGCCUGGACAGUGUGUCAGGAGAAGAAAAUGGGAGCGGCUUGUAUCAGGUUGAUACACUGGUUAAAAUCUCCUCUGCCGAUAAGGGAAGUAAACAGCCUUGUGAGAAGGGAUUUCUUCUUGGACACGAAUCCUUCCCUGCAAGCCUAUGGGUGCCAGCAGAUCCUCGGCUUUUGUCCUUUGGUGCUUCAAACUGGAGUAUUGUCGUCAUUGACAAGACAGUGAUCCUGUUUGAUCAGAGCUAUCAGACCAUCUUGUUACUUCUCCACUUUGAAACUGAUGUGGAUGCCAUCGACGUUUGCCUUGAUGGACAAUUUUUGGUGGUCUGUGAAAGAAAUGGAAACCUUCAUUUGAUUUAUGUUCCACACAAAAGAAUCCUCUUUACCAGGGCUUUGGUUAACAAACCGUCCAGUGAAGACAAGAAAACCUACCGCUCUCUGAUCAUAAAUGAGGACAAGUCAUCAUCUGGGAUGUACCAUGUCUUUCUGCUGAUAAAGAAUGGCUUUUUCCACAUUUCAAACCUUGCUCUGACAAAGAUCAAGACAGCAUGUGAUAAUAUGGAUGUGGGAGCUUUGAAAGAGCUCCAGAGUCUCAUCAAGGUAGACUUUUGCUCUACUGAGGAUUACCAUGAUGAGGGCUGCAGUACAGCAGUGAUCUUCAACCUUGGCCUUGAAAUCAACCUAAUGAUUGGGGGUGACAAAGAAAAUGUUAUUACUCACUGGAAGAUGGAUCCUCUUCAGGCGAAGAUGUGCUUUGCUCAGUCCAUCAACAACAGCUUAAUUCCUGGUGUGAGAAAGAUGGUGGUGAUGGAAAAGCUGUUGUGUAUUUUGGACUCUGAGGAUGUUCUGAGUGUUUGGGACCUCCAUUUUCUCGUCAUGAUUCACUGUUGGCCACAGUUGGCCAUUCACGACUUUGAACUAACCACAGAGUGUGGCUCUGCCUCCAUGGUGGCCCAAGACAAGAGCAGUAUGAAGAUGAUUACUCUGAUGAAGCAAGACAACAGUCAGAUCAGCUCUCUUCAAAUAAGAUGUCUACCCUCCAUGAGCGUUUGCUACUCCCUUGAUGUCUCCUCGGUCUCCUGUCUUGUCCAGAUGAAAACAAACAUGGAUGCAAUUUAUUUGGUUGAGGGGAUUUGUGAGAACCCAGAAAGCCGAGGAGAGCCGAUAGCAUCUCUUGUGGUCAGAUGUUUCACGGAGGCUUUACCCGAGAGCAGGCUCAGCAGGCUUCUACACAAACACAUGUUUGAGGAGGCUGAAAAGUUUGCCAUCACAUUUGAGCUCGAUCUAGAGCUUGUCCACAAAGUGAAGCUGGACUUUGUGCUGGAGCAGCUGGCCUCUGCGUCAGUGGGUGGAUAUGGACAGGAUGUGUGGUCUGAGCUCGUAGAUGAGGCCAAGACAAACCUGAUGAAAAUCGCAGAUGAGCAGUAUGUGGUGGACUAUUGCCUCAAGGCUCCAUGGCCGACCUUUGAGACCACAGAGAAGAUGCUAAACCACGCUGCCACGCGAUACUCGUCCUUACAGAUCCAAGAGGCCUUGGCUCGACUGGCAACAUUCUGCAGCCUCCAUGGCUUGGAAAAUUUUAAUGGGAUAGCUUGGAUUGAGUUUCUGAACAGCACCGACAAUUUAGGGGAUGUUCUGGCCCACUUGAGAGAGGGAGACCUGAGGGGUGCGCAGCUUCUUUGGCUGAGAUAUGAGGGGCAGAUUGCUCUAGAGUUUGAUGAGAAGAGUCUUGAAGCAGUUCUCAGUGCCAUCCCAGAGGACCUGCCAUCCCAAGACCUCUGUCCUUGGUUUAGGACAGUUUUUGUCCCUUUUGUGAGGAGAGUCCUUCCAAGAGGACAGAGAAUCCUGGCUAAAUGGCUUGAGCUUAAAGCAAGAAAUUUGGAGUUAACCGAGAAGGGUUCCUGGCCUCAGAACGGGCUGGACUUGGCCGUCCUUGGACUUCCCUCUUUAUGGACCUGGAUGAAAUCUAUUGAUGAUAAUAACGGUGCAAACGAGUUGCAGAGCCUCAAAUCCCUUGUGUCUAACCUACGUCAGCUGCUGGACCUUCACCAGAAAUACAACUGCAGACUGUCUCUUUCAGUCUUUGAAAAGGGAAGUGGAUGGAGCAUGGCCUUCUUCAUGCUGGAUAAGGUUCCUGCUCCAGAGCUGAUUGCCGCCACAGUGGAAAGCAGCGUUCGGCUGUACGCUGAAGAGCACAAGCUUCCUUUUAAUGAAUUACUGCUGCAGUACAUCAAGGAUCUGUUGGAGCGCUGCAGUUCUCAGACCACAACACUUUUCACAGGAUGGGAAGCCAAAGCAGUGGCUGUGCUUGGCUGCAUGACUGACACCGACCUGAAGGUAGAUGCUGUGCUAGAGAUCAUGCAGAAAGCUGUGGUACCCUGGAGCAAUGUGGUGGAAAAACUUGUGCAGCAAUACCUAGAGAUGGAUGGACCAAAACAGGAGCUUUUGAAGGAGAGCUACCGCCUUAUGGAGAUUAGGAAACUUCUCAGAGGCUACGGCAUCCGCAAUUUCAACCUCUCCAACAGUACUCAAGUCAUGUCGUUGAUUCGAUACAUCCUGAAGCAAGACUUGCCCAUGUCAUUAGAGGACUCCCUGACCUUAGCAGAAGCAUACAAACUGCCAACAGCACAGAUAAAUUAUCUAUAUCUCACCCAGUUGAUAGGCCAUGGCAAGACUGAGGAGGUCCUGACUGUCCUGAAGAGGCUGUCUUCUGCGGAGGCUGAGUGUGUGAUUGAGCGUAUCACAUCGUGGGCUCGGCUGCAGCUGGAGGACAAAGUCCACAUAUCUGAAGAACACAAGAAACACCAGAUGGCCAUAGCUCAGGUGAUGGUGGAGGCUCUUAAACACCUGCAUUUAGUUCUGAAACAUGAUGCUCUUAAAAGCAUGGAGUGUGACUACAACCUCAUUAUGUUCAAGGCGAUCGCCCACCUGCAGGAAGAUUUUGAUGUUUUCUUCACCCCCUCCAACUAUGAAGAUCCAAACAUCAGAAAGCAAAUCCAGGAGCAUCACAUCACAGCGUAUGAAAACACUCGAGCUUCCCGUUUAUCGAAGGGGAAGGCUUUGUCAGCUCCAGUCGUGGCAAAUGAUCCAGAUGGGAAGACCAAGACUAUCUCCACAGAAGCUGGCUUACGUCGGCUCGGAAGGCAGCUGCAGCGCACCGAGCAGGAACUCUGGUCUGACCUGGGCCUGCGAGCUCUGAGGGUGGGGAAGGUGGAAAAGGCGCUCAAGAUCCUCAGCGAGCUGUAUGAGCACCACUACAACAGCAAUACAGGGAAGGUUUUGUUCACCGCUGCAAAGACUUUGUGUCAGAAGCUACAGGCGGAUGAUCCCAUGGUGAUUCCUGAAGGCAUGGAUUUGCCUGCAGUCAUCCACGAUCUGGCCUGCCAAGCUAUCACUUUGUGCAACUCGGAUCUUCUUCUGGACUGCCUGGAGCUUUGCAAGUGCACACGGAUCGCCAUGGAUGUGUAUCAUCAGUGUCAGUUAUCAGAUGAUUAUGGCUUCAUAGCAAAGGACUUGAGUUUGGAGGCAGAAAAAGAUUCCUAUUCUCAGUGGAGCUUUCAGGAUGUUUUUAAUGAAGAUUGCAUUGUUUUGGAUCCAGUGUCAGUUCUUCCAGUGCAGUAUGAAAUCACCAAUUGUCUGCUGCCUAUUCCCCAGGACAGGGAACUGUUUCCGCUGGACUGUUCCUGUCUCUCUCAUUGCUCAUUUGAAGAUGGUUCAAACCAUCUGCAGACUCUCCUCGGCCCUCUGACCAACAUGCUGCAGAUGCUGCAGGAGUGCAGUCAGCUGGAAUUGGCCCUCAGAGUUCUGGUCAACUCCUAUGGUAGCUGUCUGCAGCAUGUAUCCUCAAAUGUUAUGGACACAAAGCUAAGUGUUCAGCUUUACGACACCCACGAUCUUAAGAAGUACAACGUGUGCCUGAAUGAUGUCAGAAAAGCGACCGUAUCCACUCUGAAUGCUGUGGCUGUGGGCCUUUUGAACAAGGUGUUCAACUGGAGAGUGGUCGACUGUGAUUUGGCGAUUGGUCUUUGUACGCUCCUACCCAAAGCAGAAGUCUUCAAAAUAUUGUGGAAAGUAAUAGACAACACCUGGCAAAACUAUGACAAAAUCCUGGCGGUUGCGAGGAUCGGGGCCAAUCUCUGCAGUUUAUAUAAUGAGACGGAGGAACAGAAGAAGUUUCUGUCUGUCAUCACGGAUGCAGAGUGGGGAGUCAAGCUUGGACAAUUAGAGAUCUCUAUCCAGCCGGUGUUUCGUCAGCGUCCAGAAGUGAAGAGCUGUCUGAUCCCUGAAAUGGUGAAGAACAGGAUGAUCACCCCUGACAUUAUCCUCCAGUAUUGCAGUACUUUUGGUCUAGACCGAGAUUGUGUGAUCAACCAGUACAUCACUACCCUGCUGCUGCUCCAAGAGGACGACGACAGCAGCACCGGCAUCCCAGGCUCAGGCCCAGAUGAGGGACAGCCUCUGUGUAAUGAGGAAGUUUUGGAACGAGUCCUGGAGAUUAUCCCCAUGUUGAACAGCCCCAGCGAGCUCACCAGCAGUCUCUGUGCUGCCCUGUUUAAGCUAAGCCCCUACAACUACGAGCGGAUUGAAGUGGUGCUGAAGAUCAUUCAGGCUGCAGAUGAGAACGUUGGUGCCUUCUCCAUCAGUCAGGCUAUGGGUCUCCUUCAGCACCUGAAGUCCUACAAGAGAGUCUCUCCUCCCUCAGAUGUGGAGAACACAUAUCUUCUGGAAAACGGUCUUCUGCCGAACCCGUUGUCCAACAGCCGGCUGCCGUUCCACCUGCUCAUGCAGACCAAACAUUUCUGGAAAAUUAUCUCUCCUGAGCUGAGUGAAGAGGCGUUCCCCACCCUUCUCCUGAUUAGCAAACUGAUGAAGGUGAGCCUCGAUAAGCUUUACAUGUCAGCAGCAAACCAUGUGUUUGAGAAGAAGAUGAAACCUUUAAUCCUGGAGCAAAGGAAAAAGGGUCAAGGACAUGGCUACAACAAGGAGACUGUGAAGGUGGCCAAGACCAUGAUGAAGUACAUUCAGUGCAUCCAGAGCCUGGAGUGGGCUGCAGCCACAGCCCAUAGGAUAACACAGGAACUUCCACCAGGCUUGGAGAAGACGCAGUCUCUUCGGUUCUGUUUGGGUCUUGGAGAGGUGUGGCUUAAAGAUCCAAAUCUUGAGGAGGCUGCGCGGGCCCGAGGAGAGACCUUUCUGUCUAAGCUGAAGCUGCAGUUUCAGCGUUCUGCCACUGAGAACAUGCUGAUGAGCAGUCAGCUGAGCAGCCCGGAGCACCUGAAACUGACCGGGCUGCCCGCCAGGCUCAUCAUGGCCCUGUAUGAGCACAGCAGCGUGGAACAGCGUUACAGAGAGACAUUAGGUCAAAGCUUUCCUGACAUACAUGCUGCUGUGAAGGAAAUUGCCACAAUCAACAAUGUGGAUCUUGGCAAAAUCCGCAACAUGCUGUUAGAAAAAUGGAUCUGCAAAACAGGCCCAGCUGUAACCAAGGAAAUAGGAAAUCAGGAUUGCGUUGCCAACAUUGAGGAGGAUCCGGACUUAAUGAGGGUGGUCUACAUGCUGCAGUCCUAUCCUGUGGAUUAUGCAAUGCGUCUUCUGAACCCCAUUCUUUCUGCCGAAACCUGGCCGCUCAGCUCAUCUGGGCCUCGUCUGACUUUCUGCCACCGGACACGAGUGCUGUUUUGUCUCAUCCGCCUCACUGAUGCAGCGACUCUGGAGGCUCAGCUGCAGAUACCAAGGAGCAAAUUUGAAUAUUAUCUGAAGUCCUACAUCUUCGUGUCUCAGCUGGAGGCUUUAAACAUCCCCUACACCGUGCAGUCCUUCCUCAGCAGUCCCAAAGAGGGCUUGGUUAAAGGGCUGUGGAAAAACCACAGUCAUGAGCCACAGGCUGUGCGUCUGGUAGCUGACAUGUGUCUGGAGUACCAGGUGUAUGAUUCUCAGCUGUGGAACAGUCUUCUACAGAAGCUGCUGGGCUUUAACUUGGUCAGUCAACUCCAGAAGGUGCUGGAAGCAAUUGUUGCAGUACCAACGUUAUGGGAGAUUUCCAGUUUCUCCAGGACUUGGAGAAGUAUGAUUCUGGCACCUUUUGUCUCAGCAUCAGUUCCUUUGAGCCCGGACCAGCAAGCAAUGCUCUACAGGACUUUCGUUCUCCUACUCAAGUGUCCCUUCCUGUUGAAUCUGGACUUGAUAGGAAUUGCGAACCGCUUUGCACAGUUCAGUCUUCCUGCCUUCGCUUUGGGAACCCUGCUACUUAUCCCCUGUGAAAGUAAAAAGGCUCAGCAGAUCCAGGGCUUUCUGUCCAUGUGCAACCCAGUGGCUGUCCUUGAGCAGGUGGAUGAAUUAAUGAACACUGGUGAAUUGGCUGUAAUCCCUUCACAGAUCAGGGAGACUGUGUUAAGGUUCAUCAGUCAAAAUGGACAGCACCAGAAACUGAUGAAAACAAAACACUUUAACGACCUGAAGCAGCUUAUUGUAUCCAGUGGCCAUCCCAGCCAGGUGAAGGAGCUGGUAGAGUGUCUAAUCCGCCAGAACUGUCAUGAUGAUGCCGAUUUGCUCACUCGUGAGUACCUGAAGCACAGUGAGCACCAACGAGGAAAAACGCUGUCCAACGGCUCACUUUCACAGGACUGCCUGAAGGAGUUUCUCAACAUGACCAAUGGAGUAUCUGGAUAAGGCCCCACUGUUUUAUACUAUAUUUAUAAAUGUUGUCUUCUUUAGACUGAGAUGCAGUAUUUGCACUUAACAUUUGUUCUUUUUGAAUUGUUAACAAACAUUGGAAUAAACUCAUUCCUGAAA